GCGCUAAAAUUAUUUAUGUUGAAACAAACGAUGAUGACAUUCGAUUUGAGUAUUUUCUAAUAAUUCGUUCGAAUUUUUUAUUGUUGAAGAAAAUGAGUACCACCAAAGAAAAACAACAAGUAGUGAAUAUUGUUGAAGAAAAUGGUGUUCAAGAUGAAGCAGAAUUUGAAGCCGCUUUUACACCCAUACAAAAAUUAGAAGGAUGUGGUAUACAAGCACUGGAUAUUAAAAAAUUACAAGAAUAUGGCUUUCAUACUAUCGAAGCGAUUGCCUAUACUCCAAGAAAAGCAUUGGAAAAAAUCAAAGGAAUUAGUGAAAAUAAAGCCGAAAAAAUUAUCAAUGCUGCCAUGAAAUUAGUACCAAUGGGUUUUUCAACCGCGACUGAAUAUCAUCUAAAACGUUCCGAAAUUGUUCUGAUAACUACCGGUUCAAAAGAUUUGGAUGCUCUACUGAAAGGUGGAAUUGAAACAGGCUCCAUUACUGAAUUAUUUGGUGAAUUUCGUACGGGAAAAUCUCAACUUUGUCAUAUGCUUUCAGUGACAUGUCAAUUACCGUUCGAUAUGGGUGGUGCCGAAGGAAAAUGCCUAUUCAUUGACACGGAAGGAACAUUUCGUCCGGAACGUUUUGUUGCCAUUGCACAAAGAUAUAAAGUAAAUGAAAAUUCCUGUUUAGAUAAUAUUGCCUAUGCAAGAGCAUAUAAUAGUGACCAUCAAACCCAAUUAUUGGUUGAUGCAUCAUCAAUGAUGUCACAAUCACGUUAUGCAUUAAUGAUUGUCGAUUCAGCAACAGCAUUAUAUCGUACCGAUUAUAAUGGUCGUUCAGAAUUAGCUGCACGUCAAAUGCAUCUGGCAAGAUUUCUGCGUAUGUUACAAAGAUUAGCCGAUGAAUUUGGUAUUGCUGUGGUUAUAACCAAUCAAGUUGUAGCCAAUGUUGAUGCAAGUGCUAUGUUUAGUGCCGAUAAUAAAAAACCAAUCGGUGGCCAUAUAUUGGCGCAUGCAUCGACAACACGUUUAUAUUUGAAAAAGGGAAAAGGUGAAAAUCGUGUUUGUCGAAUUUAUGAUUCACCAAAUCUACCCGAAGGUGAUGCUACAUUUUCUAUUCAUCAUGAUGGUAUUCGCGAUUCUAUCGAUAAUUCAUAACAAUUUUUUCUCCUUUCAACAAUAUUGAAUUUUUAGAUAUUUUUUACAUAAAAUAUAUACCAUAUGACCUUAGAAUAAUGAAUUG